GAAGGCUGAAGCCGACCUCCUCCUCGGGAGUCGGGACCUCAACUGUCAAACAAAGGUAAACAUGGGACCCACUCCACAUGGCCCCAUCACCCCCAAAGUCCCAAACUACUUCACUUUCCAGUUUCCACUCUCACAGUUACCGUUCAAGAUCCUACUAACCACCCCCCCAACUCUUUCUGAAACCCCAAAACCCUAAACACUUCCUCUGGCUCCCAAGAUAUAAAGGUUUUCGUCUCUUACUUUCUUUCACAAUGCCAAAAUCUUUCUAGGGUUUCCACUAUGCUCUGUUUCUACAAUCUUGUCCUCCUCUUCUUGAUCUCGCUCUGGAGCUCCCACAGCUCUUGCAAUGGCGGCCGCAUCUUCAGCUUCAAGAUGCACCACCGCUUCUCCGAUCCCGUCAGGAAGUGGUCCAAGGCCGCCGGCGACAGAUGGCCGGAGAAGGGCACGGUCGAGUACUACGCCGAGCUCGCCGACCGCGAUCGCCUCCUCCGCGGUCGCAAGCUCUCUGAGUUCGACGCUCCGCUCGCCUUUUCCGACGGAAACUCAACCCUCCGGAUCAGCUCCCUGGGAUUUUUGCAUUAUACGACGGUGCAGUUGGGGACGCCGGGAGUGAAGUUUAUGGUGGCGCUGGACACGGGGAGUGACCUAUUCUGGGUACCCUGUGAUUGCAGUAGAUGUGCUCCUACCGUGGGCACUGUUUACGCUUCUGAUGUUGAGCUUAAUAUAUACAACCCUAAAGGAUCAUCAACAAGCAAAAAGGUUACUUGCAACAACAGUCUGUGUGCACACCGUAAUCGAUGCCUUGGAACGUUCAGUAAUUGCCCUUACAUGGUCUCUUAUGUCUCAGCUGAAACAUCUACUUCGGGGAUAUUGGUAGAGGAUGUUCUGCACUUAACAACAGAAGAUACUCAUGAAGAGCCUGUUGAGGCAUACGUCACAUUUGGCUGUGGGCAGGUUCAAAGUGGUUCGUUUUUGGAUGUUGCAGCUCCCAAUGGUUUAUUUGGGCUUGGUAUGGAGAAGAUAUCAGUUCCUAGCAUUCUAUCAAGUGAGGGAUUUACAGCAGAUUCUUUCUCCAUGUGCUUUGGACAUGAUGGGAUUGGAAGGAUCAGUUUUGGUGACAAGGGUAGUCCUGAUCAAGAAGAGACCGCAUUUAAUUUGAACCCAUCACACCCAACCUAUAACAUUACUGUUACUCAGAUUCGAGUUGGCACAACUCUGAUUGAUGUGGAUUUCACUGCUCUGUUUGAUUCUGGAACAUCUUUUACAUACUUGGUUGAGCCAACCUAUACCAGGCUUGCAGAGGGUUUUCAUUCACAGACUCAAGAUAGGCGGCGUCCACCUGAUUCAAGGAUCCCUUUUGAAUAUUGUUAUGACAUGAGUCCUAAUGAGAAUGCUAGUCUGGUACCUAGCGUGAGUUUAACCAUGAAAGGUGGAAGCCAGUUUGCUGUCUAUGAUCCCAUAAUUGUCAUCUCCACUCAGAGUGGACUUGUUUAUUGCCUUGCUAUUGUCAAGAGCACAGAACUGAAUAUAAUUGGACAAAACUUAAUGACUGGCUACCGUGUUGUAUUUGACCGAGAAAAACUUGUCUUGGGCUGGAAGAAGUUUGACUGUUAUGACAUUGAAGAUCAUCAUACUUUCCCAAUAAAACCGCACUCUAUCACUACUUCUCCUGCUGUCGCUGCCGGACUAGGGAACUAUACUCCAAAAUCAACAAAAGAGACCGCAGAUAGUUCGCAGAGUUCAGUUGCAUGGCCAUCUUUCUGCAGUCAUAUUUCUCCUCUGACUUGCUUCAGAUUUCUCGUCAUACUGUUUCUGUUAUUGUAGCUUUUCUAAGGUCAUUUGUUUUUCAGGCCUACAAUUUUCAUACGGUAGUAAAUUUUAGGUCAUAUCCCUGUAUCAUAUGUUGAUGUAAGUAUUUCUUUUACUAGUCCCAUUUUUUAGUCCACAUAUGGGUUCGCGUUACGUUUGUUCUUUAGCUCAUGGCACGCCAGAAUAUCUCUAUCCUGUCUGGGGAAUGUGAACAUAGUGCACUUACACCAUACAGUACGCCAUUCUAAUUUGUAAAAUUUCUGCCUUCCUAGUU